UCCGUUUGUGACAUCAUCAACUCCCCCCGCCCAGACGACUCGCGCACUCUGCUGCUCAAAGACCGACAGACCGAGGGCUGCCGUCCAGUUCAGCCGAGCGAGCGAGCGCGCGCAGGCGCAGUCCUCUCCGCAGAUGUUGUAGUCCGGCCACCCACCCGCGGCCCGGGCAAGCCGGCGCCGUCAGCGCAGCGCGAGAACUACAACUCCCGACGUCCAUCACCAUCAACGCUGGCGCUUCGCGCCCAAGUUGAAUUAUUUUAGCUGGGUGGAUCAGAAUCGCAAUGAGUUUAACUGAAAUAAACCGAGUAUGAAGAAGAACUGGCAGGAAAGAUUCAAAGAUGUUGAAAGUUUAUCAGGCAACUAUCAAAAGCACCCCAUCAAUCUGGCUUACAAACCCAAACUAUCAAAACCAUGGCAACCAUCGUCCAUUUGGAAGUUAUUCUAUCGCCAGAAUCAAGCCUUUAAUUUUUCAAAGAGCUGCAAGCCGGAUGUCCAUGUGUUUGCUUUGGAGAAUGAAAAUAAAAAGGAGGCUCGACUGGGACAGCGAAUUUUCCUUGUUACAACGUACACCGAGCUGUGGUUUUAUUAUAGAAAUUAUCGGAAGUCAUUGAUGCACUGCUAUGAAGUGAUUCCAGAAGGGGCUGUGUGCCAUUUGUAUUUUGACUUGGAAUUCGUUAAACAAACAAAUCCAGAACGGGACGGGAAACAGAUGGUAGCAACAUUAAUCCAGUAUGUUUGUCAAAAAUUGGGAGAAUUGUACCGCGUACAGUGUUCAGUGAGGCAUGUUUUGAACUUGGACUCCAGUACUCAUGAAAAAUUCAGUCGCCAUCUAGUAUUUCACCUUCCUAACGUGGCCUUCAGGAACAAUAUACACGUUGGAAACUUUAUAAGAACAAUAAUGCAACCAGUGAUUGAAAUAUUAGAAAAAGGACGUGGGAGAAUAGACCAAGAAAAUGCAGGAGGUGAUGGAGGUGCACUGCCGCCAACCAACACAAGAUGUGUUCCAGUCACUCCAGAAAAGAGGAAACCGCUGGGCAAGGAAGUUAACAGGAAUCUUUCCUCAAAAAAGAUUAAGUGUGCGUCUUGGGAAAAAUCAGAGGAGCGGAUUUCGGAUCCAGAUUUUUCCUUGUUUAUGGUUAAAGAUAAAUAUGGAGCUGAUCAAGUCUUUGUGGAUCUUGGCGUGUACACAAAGAACAGAAACUUUCGACUCUACGGAUCAUCGAAACUGGGGAAGAACACCUCUUUUCAAAUUGCUGAAGACAAUCAGUUUACACCCAAGCCUCAAGAUAAUGUUUCUGCAGACGAGCUGUUAUUCCUGAGCUCUCUGGUCAGUAACGUUAGAUUUUCUGAUGGCUUGACCAUUCUGACCUGUGAUAGCCCAGAUAUGAGGAAACCCAGGGAACGUCUCGAUCCAGAGAACUCAAAUCAUUCUGUAUCAGAGACAAUGGGUGGUUACCAUUGUUCACCGUAUCUAGAGAUCGACAAUUUCAUCAUUGGUCAAAUCAACAAGGGAGGCGUACAAGGUGCCUUGCGCCGAUGGAAUUACUUCUCCUCCGAAGAGCUGAUGGUUUACGACAUCAGCAACAACCACUGGUGCGAGAACAUUGGGAGAGCGCAUAGAAGCAACAACAUCAUGAUUGUGGUUGAUUUGAAGAGAGAAGUCUGGUAUCAGAAAUGUUACGAUCCCGUGUGCCGAGCUCAAAGAUUCAGGUCUGAAAGUCACCCAUUACCCCAUGAAUGCUGUUUGGAUUUUCUCAUUGAUAUGGAUAAUGAAUUUGUUUUUACCAUGGAUGAAGACGGAAAUAUCGAGGCAAGUCAAAGCCAAGCACAUGCAACACAAAAUCCUCUCCCAGCACAAAAUGUGGACACAGAGCUUGACAAUGAUGAUGAUGCGAUGCUGUUAGAAGCUGCUGAAGACAGUGAAUUUAUUGUUGAGUUCAAUUCAGAACAGAGUAGUGAGGAGCAGUCAGACGAUGACUUGCUGGCUGCUGCAGAGGAACUAGAAGCUUCUGUGAGUGAAGAUACCUGAUAAUGUAGUGAUUGUAGUAGGGUGGAGGGGGGUUGAUGGCAAAUAGAUGGGCAAAUGUAGUGAGUUGUACCAUGCCUCAGAUUUGAAUUUGUCCGAAACAAUGCAGUAUUUACAUUCUAUCCGCAUCAAUAAUCUGUAAUUUCAUGAUCUUCAAGUAUUAAUAUGAUUCUGCUUUUAAUUUUAAAUCAUUUUCUGAUUUUAAAAUCAUUUUUACUUUGAAAUAAAUGCUGCUAUUUUAUUUAUUUAAUAUUAAAAGACUAUAUCCUUCUGUUUAAA